AUGAUAACUCCAAAUGAAUCAAAUGGGUCUCUUAAUAUGACUUUGGUCAAGGCCUCAGGUGGUGUCUUUGGGCCCAUUUGCAAUGCCUAUGAAAUCUUGCAAGUGCACCCAUGGGUGAAAGAGACUAACCAGAAAGAUGUGGAUGUGGCCUUGAACGUGAGGAAUGAGUUACUGGCAUCUAACCAAGAGAAUGAACUGUUGAAAAGUUGGUCUGGAGAUCCAUGUCUUCCAAACCCCUGGCAUGGUUUAGGUUGUGAGCCCUAUAAUGGUUCAGUUAUCAUCACCAGUUUGGAUCUCUCUUCAAGUGAACUUCAAGGGUCAAUCCCUCCCAGUAUCGCUGAACUGGCCAAAUUAAAAACACUGAAUCUGAGCUACAACUGUUUCAAUGGCAGUAUUCCAGAGUUUCCUGCUUUUUCCGUGCUAGAGUCAAUGGAUAUCAGACACAAUCAGCUUACAAGACAACCUCCAGAAUCUCUUAUCUCGCUGCCACAUUUAGAAUUACUAUAUUACGGGUGCAAUUGUUAUUUAGACAAAAAACUUCAACCCAGCUUCAACGAAUCAAGACUUCGUACAGACUCUGGAAGAUGUGAUUCUGAAGGACGAACACAUAAACCAGUAAUCGUCAUUGGCGUUGCAUGUGGAUCAUUUCUAUUUACCAUUGUAGUUGGAAUCGUUUUUGUUUGCAUUUACAGACGAAGAUUAAGGCACAGGGGAGGAUUUGAUAAUAAAGAACAGCAUAUGGUUGAGAAUAUACUUAUCUACCUACCCAGCAAAGAUGAUAUUAGUACAAAGUCAAUAGCUAUUGAGAAGUUUACACUGGCAUCGAUAGAGGCUGCCACCGAGAAGUACAAAACCUUGAUAGGCGAAGGGGGAUUUGGGUCGGUUUUCCAUGGCAUGCUACUUGAGGGCCAGGAAGUGGCAGUAAAGGUUCGGUCAGCAGAAUCUACUCAGGGAACCCGGGAAUUUGAGAACGAGCUAAACCUGCUCUCAGAGAUUCGACACGAGAACCUGGUGCCUCUUCUUGGUUAUUGUAGUGAAAAUGACCAACAAAUUCUUGUUUAUCCUUUUAUGUCUAAUGGCUCCCUACAAGAUCGUCUCUAUGGGGAUGCAGCAAAAAGGAAAACUCUGGACUGGCCAACCAGACUUUCUAUUGCUCUAGGUGCUGCUAGAGGUUUGCAAUAUCUUCACACGUUUGCUGGGCGUUGCAUAAUACAUAGGGAUGUAAAAUCAAGCAAUAUACUCUUGGAUCAUACAAUGUGCGCAAAGGUUGCAGACUUUGGUUUCUCAAAGUACGCUCCUCAGGAAGGGGACAGUGGUGUUAUUUCUCUGGAAGUGAGAGGAACAGCGGGUUACCUAGAUCCAGAGUACUAUACGACCCAGCAGUUGUCUGUAAAAAGUGAUGUCUUCAGCUUUGGUGUGGUUCUACUUGAAAUUGUAACUGGUCGUGAGCCUCUCAACAUACACAGGCCACGCAAUGAAUGGAGCUUGGUUGAAUGGGCCACACCCUAUCUAAGAGAUCAAAAGAUUGAUGAAAUCGUGGACCCUAGCAUCAGGGGUGGGUACCAUGCAGAGGCAAUGUGGAGAGUUGUGGAAGCCGCACAGUCAUGUAUUGAGACCAGUGCUGCUUAUCGGCCAUUCAUGGCCAAUAUUGUCCGGGAGCUGGAGGAUGCUUUGAUCAUAGAGAACAAUGCAUCUGAAUACAUGAAGUCCAUAGACAGUUUGGGAACUUCCAACUCCAAUCGCUUCUCUGUUGUCAUGGACAAAAGAAUUGCUCUACCACCAAUGUCAACUCCAUCAGAACCGUUGUCUAUUAUGACGCAACAACCCUCUCCUCCCCAGCCAAGAUAGCAAGUACAAUGAGUGAAUAUGAUGUUUCAUCAAUAUAUGAAUGGUGGAGUUUUCCUUUUUCUUCCAUAGUCCAACAUGUAUUGAUAUGUCAAUGACUCAAUGAUGACCUUCUAGUUACAUCAUAUGCUAAUGAUAAAAGGAAAAAUGAGGAUGAUCCUCCAAUACUCUAGCUUAUGAAUCUUGCUGUUUAUUCGACAUUCAUUAGGUUGUAAAACUCAAGAGAGUUGAAUUUAUGCUAAAAUGCUAUUGAAGAACAUAUGGACAUUGCACAAGUAUGAGUUCAGCAUAUCUUGCCAAAAAUCAGAUGGGUCGUUUAUCCUGGGAGUUGAUGAAUGUUCAUAAACCUGGAAAGCCAAAUAAUUCAUGCAAGACAGGCUAGCUAAACAUUCAUUGAGUUGACUCAACCCCAUUAAAUCUGUAUGGUACCUGCACCAUAGAUUUAUCUCCUAGAGCUCGACCCAACAACUGAUAAAAAUAAUGAGUCCCACAAAAAACUCUGGAACAAAAUAUUACCCUGGCACUCACCACCUUGCUGGAUAAGAAUAUCAAGUAGUCUAUAACAAAACGCUCCUGUUUUUUUCACUGUUUAAUCAAAUGGUCCUACCUACACUCGGUAUUUAGGUUACUUGAUGAAGGUAACCCUUCCCUUUCCCAAACAACAUUGGUCCCUGGACUCAAUGGCCUACUAGAACGAGAGCUGAAAAUUGAAAAGAAGAAAGCCCAUAUAGAUAUAGAUACAUAUAUCUAUAAGAUAGGAGGAAACUAACUCUUCAAAACAAAUGACUGGUCAAUUUCAGUAAUAAGGUCGUAGUCAACUUAUUGAGUUGGUGGUUGGGGCUACGCAGUAUAUGCUCUGCACAAAAUAUAGCCUCUACGAAGUUAAGAAUAAUGCCCCCAAAUUGGUUAAAGUUCGAAAAUUAAGAUUUGGA